UGCGUCCACCUGAGCAUGUGCCCGCGUACCAGGGCAGGUCCGCCUGCUGUGGCCCCGCACCGUUACCACCCCGCUGCCAGUGCCGGUACCCGGUGCCAUGCAGUGUCAGUGUCCCUCCCCGGGUGCCGAAGCCCGGUGCCGGUACUUGCGUCAGUGUACCGGUGCCUGUUGUGCAAGCCCGAGUGCUGCUCGCCGUACCAGUGCCGGUGCCGGUGUGCCUCCCUCGCCGGCGAGGGUGCAAAGCGCCAGUGCGGGUGCCGGUGCAGGUACCGGUGCAGUGCGGGUCCCGUGCGGGUGCCGGUGCGGGGCUCCUCCCGCAGGCACGGUGGUCACCUUGGUGGCGGGGCCGGGCCGGGUGGAGUGGAGGGGAGCGGUGCGGUGCGACCGGGCUGGGCACCGGUGUCCCCGCUCCAGCCACCCCCCGGGGGGCCGGCCCCCGCCCGGUGCCUGCGGGCCGCUCCCCGCCGGUACCAGCCCCCGCGGCUCCAUCCCUCCGGCGCGGCCCCAUCCCUGCCCGGCCCCGGUCCCGGUCCCGGCGGCGGCGCGGCGCCCGGUGCGGGCCAUGGCGGCGGCGGAGGCAGGCGGCGCUGCGGCGGCGGCGGCGGCCCGGCGCGGCCCGGGCGGGGAGCGGAGCUAGGCGGGAGGCGGCCCGGGAUGGCCAGGAUGAACGUGGCCCUCCAGGAGCUCGGACACGCCAUGCCCGACUACAAGCGUGCCACGCUGCAGGACGACGAGGGGCCAGAGCCGGCGGGGGACGGCAGCGUUUCUCCUGACAGUGUGGAGGUGGGGUUUCGGAAGGGGCCGGGGCCACUGCUGAGCCGCCUGGCCUCACGCAGCCAGCUGGAGCUGGUGCUCUGCGCCGUCGCCGUCUCCCUGGCACUGCUGCUCGGCAUCGCCGUCGUCACCCUGGCCAUCCAGUACCGCAGAGAUCCCUCUCACAGCAUGUGCCUGACGGACGCCUGCGUCCGGGUGGCCAGCAAGAUCCUGGAGGCCCUGGAUGCGGAGACGGACCCGUGCCAGGAUUUCUACCAGUACUCAUGCGGGGGCUGGAUCAAGAGGAACCCGCUGCCCAACGGGCGCUCCAAGUGGAGCACCUUCAACAGCAUCUGGGACCAGAACCAGGCCAUCAUGAAGCAUCUCCUAGAGAACACCACCUUCAACUCCAGCAGCGAGGCGGAGCGGAAGACGCAGCGGUACUACCUGUCCUGCCUCAAGGAGCAGAGGAUAGAGGAGCUGGGCUCCCAGCCCCUCAUGGAGCUCAUCGACAAGAUCGGGGGGUGGAACGUCACCGGCUCCUGGAACCAGAGCAGCUUCAUGGAGGUACUCAAGAUGGUGUCAGGCACGUACCGGGCGACCCCCUUCUUCACGGUGUAUGUGGGUGCAGACUCCAAAAGUUCCAACAGCAACAUCAUCCAGGUGGACCAGUCGGGGCUUUUCCUCCCAUCCCGGGAUUACUACCUGAACAAGACUGCCAACGACAGGGUCCUGGCAGCGUACCUGGACUACAUGGUGGAGUUGGGCACACUGCUGGGGGGGGCCCCGGAGCCCACCCGCCUCCAGAUGCAGCAGGUGCUGGACUUCGAAACCCAGCUGGCCAACAUCACCGUGCCCCAGGCUGAGCGGCGGGACGACGAGAAGAUCUACCACAAGAUGAGCAUUGCCGAGCUGCAGGCUCUGGCCCCUGCCAUCGACUGGCUGGAUUACCUGUCCUACGCCCUGGCCCCACUGGAGCUGGCGGACACGGAGCCCGUGGUGGUGUAUGGGGACACCUACCUCCAGCAGGUCUCUGACCUCGUCAAUGGCACCGACAGGAGCGUCCUGAACAACUACCUGAUCUGGAACCUGGUGCAGAAGACGGCCUCCAGCCUGGACCAGCGCUUCGAGACAGCCCAGGAGAGGCUGCUGGAGACGCUCUACGGCACCAGGAAGUCCUGCACGCCCCGCUGGCAAACCUGCAUCUCCAACACAGAUGACACGCUAGGCUUCGCCCUGGGCUCCCUCUUCGUCAAAGCCACCUUCGACCGGGACAGCAAGGCCAUUGCUGAAGAGAUGAUUAGUGAGAUCCGGGCAGCGUUCGAGGUGUCCCUGGACCAGCUGGACUGGAUGGAUGAGAAGACCAGGCAGGCUGCGAAGGAGAAGGCGGACACCAUCUAUGACAUGAUCGGCUUCCCUGACUUCAUCCUGGACAACAAGGAGCUGGAUGAUGUCUAUGAUGGGUAUGAGGUCUCAGAGGACUCCUUCUUCCAGAACAUGCUCAACUUCUACAACUUCUCUGCCAAAGUGAUGGCCGACCAGCUCCGGAAACCCCCCAACCGCGACCAGUGGAGCAUGACCCCGCAGACCGUCAAUGCCUACUACCUGCCCACCAAGAAUGGGAUCGUUUUCCCCGCUGGCAUCCUGCAGGCUCCCUUCUACGCCCGCAACCACCCCAAAGCCCUUAAUUUCGGCGGUAUCGGCGUGGUGAUGGGGCAUGAGCUGACCCACGCAUUCGACGACCAAGGGCGGGAGUACGACAAGGAGGGCAACCUGCGGCCAUGGUGGCAGAACUCCUCCCUGGAGGCCUUCAAGAACCGGACGGCAUGCAUGACGGAGCAGUACGGCCGCUACACCGUCCACCGCGAGAAGGUCAAUGGCCGGCAGACACUGGGCGAGAACAUCGCCGACAACGGUGGGCUCAAGGCAGCCUACAAUGCAUACAAGUCCUGGCUGCAGAAGAACGGGGAGGAGAAGCGCCUGCCAGCCCUGGGGCUCACCAACCACCAGCUCUUCUUCGUGGGCUUCGCUCAGGUGUGGUGCUCCGUCCGGACGCCUGAGAGCUCCCACGAAGGGCUGGUGACCGACCCCCACAGCCCUGACAAGUACCGCGUCAUCGGCACCCUCAGCAACUCCCGGGACUUUGUCGAACAUUUCGGCUGCCCCCUGGGCUCCCCCAUGAACCCCGGCAAGCACUGUGAGGUGUGGUAGGGAUGGGGAGGGUGCUGGGGACAGAGGGGGUGAUGCUCUGCUGUGUCCCCCACCCCAGCCCUCGCCAGCUGCCGGAGCUGGCCCACGGGCAGAGAGCGGGGUCACCCCCCCAGGUCACCCUCCGUUGCGGUUCCCCCCUGUGCACACACCGCACACCGCCUCGCCCCACCUCUGCCCCCCUCCCCAGCACACACGGCCCCACACCGGGCACCCACCGCAGCCCCCAUCCAUGGCCUGGGGCCAGGCACAGCUGGCAGAGAAGCCGUAGCACCCCCAAAAUGCAGCUCUGCCCCCCAACCCUGACAUGCUAGAGACGGGCACCGCUCAGCCCCCCCCCAGUGCCACGUCUCCCCCCCCAGGCAGGCAGGUCAGAGGCGUCCCAGGGAGAGCACUAGAGCCGAGCCCCCCCUGCUCCUGCCCCCUGACCUGCCGGAGAUGGAAGCUGGGGGUCACCCAGCUCCACUCUCCCCUCGCCCCCUCCCAGUCCGGCUUGGCUUCCCCAUCCACCUCUGCUGGGACCAGCGGGCGGCAGCGGGGACUCUGGUGCCUUCAGCUGUGGGUGGCUGUCGCUGAAUUUAUUUAACAAUUAAAAGCAGUUUCCACUUA